AAAGGUAUAUAAGGUAUAUAAAGUAUAUACAGGUAUGUAAAGUUAAGUACAACAGCAGUAUUAACAGAAACAACUUUAGUCUUUAACAGAGCUUCACCAUAUGUGAGAAUUUAGGUGACUUUUGCCUAGACUUACAAUCUCAAAUAAUAACAGUAAUGGACAGUUAGGAGUAGAUGCUUUUUAAGAACUUUAUAUAUAAUCUCAUAUUUAAUCCUAGAACCUUUCUUAGUACUGUUAUUAAUUUGCAUUUUAAACAUAAGGAAAUCCAAGCAAGGAGUUUUAUGCAUCAUGUACAAAGUCAUGUACCUAAUUAGAGGUAGAGCUGAAAUUUGAACCUAGUCUGAUGCAGGAGCCCACAUUUUUAGCCACUAUCUCUGAUGCCCACAUUAUUCCCUAGGUGUCAGCAUCUUAGAUCUGAUUUUGUGCUCAGUUACUCAGUCACCCACCAAGUUCUUCUAUUCAUGGAAUUUUCCAGGCAAGAAUACUGGAGCAGGUUGCCAUUAUGUUAAACCAAAUAUAACUUGAUUUUUCUCUGAGCCUUUGAAUACAAACUUCAUGUUCAUGCAAACUAAAUAUCUGUCAGAAACAUUUUCCAAGAGCAAUCAUAUUGCUUUCUUAAGGAUAUUGUCAAAUUCACUCAAUGUAAUGUCAUUAUUGGCCCUCACUAAAUCUCAAUUUGAGUUCCCAUUGUAGUAAUUACAGUUAUAUAUUUACUCUUCAUAUGCAUAUUCUUCAAUGGAUAUCAUAUCUUGAUCAUCUUUUUGUUUCAAGUGAUUGACACAAACUGAGGUCAAAAUAGAAAGCAAAAACAUUUACAAAUAAUGGUGAUAUGAACAGAGGACAAAUACAAUGGAAAAAUUCCAGUGUAGCCUGAGGUCACCGAGGAAAACCCCCUGUUAUCAGGGGCGGGGAGAGGUCUGGGGAAAGAGACAUUUGGCUCCCAUGCCUGUCUAUAUUAUUUCUAGGGAAAGGCCUUUGUAAAUGGACUUGAGGAACCACAGCACUGUCACAGAGUUCAUCCUCCUCGGACUGUCUGCCAACCCUCACACCCAGGCUCUGCUCUUUCUGCUAUUCCUGGGGAUUUACCUUCUGACAAUAAUGGGGAACUUGAUGAUGUUGCUGGUGAUCAAGGCUGAUUUCCACCUCCACACGCCCAUGUACUUCUUCCUGAGCCACCUCUCUUUCGUUGAUAUCUGCUUCUCUUCAGUCACAGUGCCCAAGAUGUUGGAGAACCUCCUGUCUCGAAGGAAAACGAUAUCGGUAGAGGGCUGCCUAGCUCAGGUCUUCUUUGUGUUUGUUGCUGCAGGGACCGAAGCCUAUCUGCUCUCAGUGAUGGCCUAUGACCGCUAUGCCGCCAUCUGCCACCCUCUACUCUAUGGACAGAUCAUGAGCAAAAAGCUGUACAUUCAGCUUGUGUGGGGCUCGUGGGGCCUGGGCUUUCUGGAUGCACUCAUCAACAUCUUCCUAGCUGUGAACAUGAUCUUCUGUGAGGCCAAAAUCAUCCCUCACUACAGCUGUGAAAUGCCCUCUCUCCUCUCCCUGUCCUGCUCUGAUAUCUCCAGAAACCUCAUUGCCUUGCUCUGUUCCACUCUGCUGCAUGGGCUGGGAACCUUCCUUUUGGUCUCCCUAUCCUAUGCCCACAUUAUCACCGCCAUCCUGAGCAUCAGCUCUACCUCAGGCAGAAGCAAGGCCUUCUCCACCUGCUCUUCCCACCUCACUGCAGUGACACUGUACUUUGGCUCAGGUUUGCUCCGCCAUCUCAUGCCAAAUUCAGGAUCCCCUGCAGAACUGAUCUUCUCUGUGCAAUAUACUGUCAUCACGCCCAUGCUGAAUCCCCUCAUUUACAGUCUGAAAAACAAGGAGGUGAAGGUGGCUCUGAAAAGAACUUUGGAAAAGUAUUUGCAGCAUAUCAGGUGCUGAAAUGAAAAUAUAGGAUAGUGAAGAACUGGAAUACAUCUGCAUAGAAAAGGACAUUAGGUGAGUUUGCAGUAGUAAGGAGCACUCUUGAGUACUCACAAUGUCAGAUGCUACAACCUACAUUAGAAAUACAUGAGAGAAUGGCAUAAAGUUAUAGGAAGGAAAGCUCCCUUUAUUUUCUUUUAAAAUAAUCACCUUAAUCUAGAAAAUUUUGUUAUGAACAAAUUGAUCCAUUUUUCUCAUUCUGAAACAUCUGUUUUAGUAAAAUUAUUAGUUUCAUGAAUCUAUCAUUAUUUUUACUAACUGGAGAAUAUGCUAAAAAGCCAUACAUUUGAUAAGAAUGUAGGGUCCUGGAUCUUUAAGAGAAAAAAGUCAUAGGUAAGGGUAGAGGGUUGAAAAUAAAAGAAGUCCAACUGGGUGGCCAUAGAAGACAGGCAUAAAAAGCUAAAAGCUCUGC